AUGGACGUCCAACUCGUGUCCGACUUGCACCUGGAGGCGCCCAAGGCGUAUGACGUGUUUGAGAUUGUGCCCAAGUCUCCCAUUCUUGCCUUAGCCGGCGACAUUGGCAACGUCGAGGCCCACAAGGACGACUUUGCCGCGUUUAUCGAUCGACUGCUCCGCCAGUUCAGGGUCGUCCUGUUCGUGGCCGGCAACCACGAAGCAUACCACUCAACAUGGCCGCGCACGCUGGACGUCUUGCAGAAGUUGGAGGCGGAUGUUCACAAGCGACGAGUGGAUGACGAUACGCUUGGUGAGUUUGUGUUCCUCGACCGCCGUGCGUAUCGAUUGGCAGACAGUAGCCCAGGCACCAGCUCUGGCACGGUGAUCCUGGGCUGCAGCCUCUUUUCGCACAUCCCGCCCGCCCGCGCCAUGACCGUCAGCAUGGGCAUGAAUGACUUCUACCACAUUGGCGACGGCUGGGACGUGGCCUUACACAAUGCGGCCCACACGCGAGACCUAGUGUGGCUCAACGAGACGGUGGCCGCCCUCGAAGGAGACGAGGGUGUGCACACCAUCCUCGUCCUGACACACUGGUGCCCGACGCUGGAUGCACGCGCGCGCGACCCCAAGCACACAAGCGAUGCGCUGACGAGCGCCUUUGCCACCGAUUUGACAGCCGAGCCGUGCUUUCUGUCGGCCAAGGUCAAGACAUGGGGGUUCGGACACACACACUACAAUUGUGACUUUGAGAUGGAGCGCGCAGGACAACGGGGCCCUCUCCGCCUAGUCACGAACCAACGUGGCUAUUACUUUGCGCAGGCCGCGGGCUUCGACGACGGCAAAGUCCUCCAGAUAAACAAUUAG